AUGGACAGAGGUGCAGCGAGGAGUAAGAAGAGACCUUCAAAAGAGCAAACAAAACCGGUGACACCGACCAUCGCACCAACUCAACAACUUGCAGUAAAAUCACAGAUCACCAGUCAACAUGAAUCUCAAGCUGGACCAUCGAAAUCCAAUAUGCAUAAAGGACGUAAAGCAAAGUUCGGAAACCAAAUCAGAGAAGUACAAUCUAAAGAUCCAAGUUUAUAUAAACCCAAAGCCAUUCGAACGUCCGCUGCAUUGAUCUAUUCUCAAGAACGAUUCAGUCUCCCACCUUCAUCAGAGCUAUUAGCCAAUGUACGCAGAGUAGAUCUGAGCGGAAGUGAUGUUACGGACGUUAGCUGGCUAGAAGGUACUGGUGUAACUUGGUUAAGUUUGAAUGGUUGCAAGAUUACAAAAGGCUGGGAUGCGGUAGGAAGCCUAGAAGAACUGACGGUACUGAACAUCAAUGGUUGUGGAUUGAAAUCACUGCCCGUAGAAUUGAAGAACUUGUCAAAAUUGAAAGCUGUGGUAGCUAUGAAUAACGAUUGGAUCAAACUUGAUGAUGAUGUUAUAGAAGGUUGGAAAGAUCUCAAUUCGCUUAUCAUAUCGCAUUCACCUAAUUUAACUGGUUUACCAAAAUCGUUAAAUCAGUUAUAUCAUUUAUCAAAAUUAACAUUUUCACAUUGUCCCAAAAUAACUUGUGGAUCAGGAUCAAAAUCAGGAUCAGGAUCAGGAUCGAUACCUGAUUUAUCAAUAUUACCUUUAUUAAGAGAUGUUAAGAUGAAUAAUCUACCUUUAUUAACUGAUUUGCCUGAUCAUCUACCUUCUUGGGGUAAAGGUGAUCUAUCAUUAGUUAAACAAACGAAUAAUCAUGAUGAUAUCAGUGGUAGUAGGAGCAAGGAUAAUGAUAAUAGUAACAAAAAUAAAGGUGAUGGAUUAGAAGUUCUAGAUCUAGGUAAUUGUUCUUUAUCAUUCGCAUCGAUUUCAAAGUUGUUCAAUUUAUCAUCAACGCAUGGACCAAAAAAUGAUAAGACUGGAAAUCGAGUCGUCAAAUGGGAUCAUUUGAGAUCAUUAACAUUACAUUCAAAUCCAUUGACUACAACUCAUCCAAAUUACGUUGAAUUACUACAACAAAAUUCAGAAACUACUUUACCUAAAUUACAAAUCAUCGAUGCUAAGCGAGUUGUCGAAAGGAAACGUAAAGGUGAAAUUCAAGAAUCAAGAAUUGAUAGAAGGAUAAGAGAGAGGAGAGAACAAAGAUUAAAUAAAUCUUCAGGUUCAGGUAUGAAUAAUAUAAGUGGGAAAAAAGAAAUGAGGAAAUGGGGUAAUAAUGAAGAAGAACAGACACAACAAGAAAAUCAUGAAAAUACCACAGGCAAUGCCGUCACUGCUGAAAAGAGCGAUCAAUCACCUGAGGAAAAAUCUAAGAAAUCGAAGAAAAGAAAACAUAAUGAUCAACCCGUACUUUCCGCUAAUCAAAGCACGGAAGAUAGACUACAUAAACGUAAACGAGCUCCUUCACCGCCUUUGUCUGCUGCACCCACUGCUACAACCAAGGACAUAACAGAUUCAAGAACCUCCAAAACACAAGAUGAACCUAUAUCAACUUCCAAUAAAAAAGAUCGAUCUGGUAAGACUCAAACUGCCGUGAUAGGUGUGAUAGAUGUCAAGAACGGCGAAGAAGUAGAGAUGACCUCUAAGAAAAAGAAGAAAUUGAAAGCUAAGAUCAAACGUGGUGAUGAAGUCAAAGGUGGUAUCGAUUUACGAGAAGUCUUCGGAAAGAAAGAUGACACUUCAAAAGCGGUUGAACAAGAAGAGAAACAAGGUGGUGGUGAUGAUGCUUGGAGAUUGGGUGUCGGCGGAUGGUAA